AAAAACAUGAAAAAGUUAGUUAAGAAAACAAAAACAUCCCCCUCCCCCCAAAAAAAAGGGUCAGAACGAGCUUGUGUUUUGGUUGAAAGCCACGAACAGUAACCGCAUAUUUGACAUUUUUACUAUUAUUAUUUUGCUUAUUGUAGCACUUCAUAUUCAGCAACAACAAAAGCAGUGCUUGGCAGUACACCACCAAGUUGGAAAAAUGUGAUUGUCUUUAAUAUAGAUGAAUACCACAUUUCUGUUCCUGACUGCAAUUGGGGUUUUAACAAAACCUCUUACUUUGUUCUAUAUUAUUUCUGUUCCUGACUGCGAACUUCAGAUUUGACAGUAAAGUUUUCCCAAUGAGCUGAACAGCUUGAUUCACAUUUUACUACCACCACAUGUUUGACAAAAUGCUUCUGUGAAAAAUGCUUCAAAGAACAUGUUUGUUAUGAACCAGCUUAAGCAGAUUCACGCCCACACACUCAGGAAUGGCGUAGACCACACAAGCAUCCUCAUUUUGAAACUUCUCGAAAUACCGAACAUCCUAUAUGCCCGCAACCUGUUCGACCUUAUUCCCGAGCCGACGGUGUUCCUCUACAACAGGCUCAUUAAAGCCUACUCUUUCCAUGGCCAACACCACCAAUGCUUGUUCCUCUAUAGACGAAUGUGCCUGCAAGGCUGCACCCCGAACGAACACUCCUUCACAUUGUUGUUCUCCGUAUGCUCUUCGCUUUCGUCGAGGCAACUAGGCCAAAUGAUGCAUUCCCACUUUGUUAAAUUGGGUCACGUACGGGACAUUUUUGCUUUGACGGCUUUGGUGGACAUGUACGCCAAACUUGGAAUGUUGGAUUGUGCCCGCAAACAAUUUGAUGAAAAGAGAGUUAGAGGAACACCCACAUGGAAUUCCAUGUUAUCGGGCUAUGCGAGGUCUGGGGACAUGGAAGGAGCAUCGGAAUUGUUUCGGUUAAUGCCUCAGAGGAAUGUGGUUUCUUGGACUGCAAUGAUAUCUGGGUACUCAAAAAACGGACAAUAUGCUAAAGCCUUGGCAAUGUUUUUACAGAUGGAAAAGGAGAGAGAUGUGAGGCCUAAUGCAAUCACGAUAGCUAGUGUUCUUCCGGCUUGCGCAAAUCUCGGGGCGUUGGAGGUUGGGGAGAGGGUUGAGGAGUAUGCAAGAAAAGUUGGGUUCUUGAAGGAUUUGUAUGUGAGUAAUGCUGUACUCGAAAUGUAUGCGAAGUGUGGUAGAAUCGAUACAGCUAGGCGAGUAUUCGAUGAGAUUGGAAGGAGGAGAAACUUGUGCUCAUGGAAUUCAAUGAUUAUGGGUUUGGCCGUCCACGGAAGAUGCAAUGAGGCUUUGGAUCUUUAUGAACAAAUGACGACUGUAAGAAUUGCACCCGACGAUGUCACAUUUGUGGGACUUAUCUUGGCAUGCACUCAUGGCGGAAUGGCUAUGAAAGGGCAACAGCUCUUCAAAUCUAUGGAGCCAAAGUUCGGUAUUACUCCGAAGCUAGAGCACUACGGAUGCAUGGUUGAUCUCCUAGGCCGAGCUGGUAAAUUGCAAGAAGCUUAUGAUCUGAUACAAGGCAUGUCCAUGAAGCCCGACAAUGUUAUAUGGGGCGCUCUUUUAGGCGCUUGCAGUUUCCAUGGCAACGUUGAGCUCGCUGAGAAAGCGGCCGAGUCCCUCUUCGAGCUCGAGUCAUGGAAUCCAGCAAACUAUGUCAUUCUUUCAAACAUAUAUGCAUCGGCAAGACGAUGGGACGGAGUUGCUAAGCUGAGGAAGGUGAUGAAAGGAGGGAAAAUUACAAAAGCAGCAGGGUAUAGUUUCAUUGAAGAGGGAGGCCAAGUUCAUAAGUUUAUUGUGGAGGACAAAUCACAUCCUAGAAGUGACGAGAUAUAUGCUUUGUUGAAUAAGUUUUAUGCAAAAGUGAGGCUUUAUAGAAAUGACACUGAUUGCUUGACUGAAGAUGAAGAAAUGCAAUUUUGAAUAAAAGGAACUGUUUGAUUU